AUGGCUGACGUAGCAAACAAGACUCCUUCAACGACAGGAUCUGAAGGUGGCAAGGAUGCCACACCAGGAGCUGAAGAAGGAAAAAAAGAACAAGCUGCCUCCAAUACGCCAUCAUCCAAUCAAUCGGAAACCGUUCGUGAAAAUAUGAUAUCAACUGCCGUUAAAUUUCUUCAAAAUCCCAAAGUACGACAAAGCCCUUUCCCUCAACGAAAAGCAUUUUUACUCAAAAAAGGUUUAACCGCCAAAGAACUACAAGUUGCUAUUGAUCGAUCUGGUACAGCUAGCGAUGAGCAUCGCCCUAUUCAAAAUCUGACCAAUAACCAAGCCACCAUAUCACCAACUCAACCUGCAAGUGUUGUGGCUGUACCCAAUACGCAAGAAGUCGUUCCGACAACAGCAGCUAUUGCUUCCAGGCAUUACAGAUGGAGAGAUAUUGCAGUUAUUGCCGCUUUAGUUGCAGGGGCAUUUUAUGGAAUCAAGGUGUUAAUAACUAGAUUUAUUAUGCCUUGGUUUAAGCAGCAAAAGGAUAAUAAAGAACAUUUAAGAAGAAUCGAAACAAGCGUAGGAGAAUUAAGAGCUGAUGUGGCUAUCACCGUAGGAGGUCUCCAGUCAACUUUAGAAUCUGUCAAGGAUAGCGUGAGCGACUUACAAACCAAAGUAGAUAUGAUAACAAGAGGCCCAUUAAAUCAGGGUGGUAACGUUGAAUCACACGUGGUUGGCGAGUUAAAGAAAGAUCUAGCAACAAUUAAAGGUCUUAUGCUAAGCAGACAACAAUUUCCCUCUGCACCGAAAUUGCCUCAACGUAAUUCAUCAAUCCCUUCCUGGCAAAAGAGUUCUACAGAAGUAGGCAAGUUAACCAAUGGAAGUAUUGAAAAUGGAAUAGACAAAAAGAUUGAUAACAAAUUUACCGCUGUCAACAACGAAGUAAACGAUGAUGAAAGUACAAAUCAUCGGGAAGAUGCUGCAUCGGAAUUGCAUGAAGUACAGUCAAAUGAUGUUGAAAUUAACGGCAUUGCAAGUGAAGCAGACGAAAGAUAUGGAUAA